CCACAAUCAACAAUAAAUAAUAAUUUGAAGUGCAAAAGAAUAUCAAUAAAAUUUGUCUGAACAAAUACUUAAAUAAUUAAACUCUCAACUACACAAAUUAUUAACCCCAGAUAUAAUACCAAUUUAAUGUUGUUUCUCAAAACCACUACCCACAUAGUUCAUUGAUUACUGAAAUAGGUCAAGAUGGGUUUACGCAACUUAUUCACUAAGCCUUUGCAUUUUGAAUAUGCUCUUCUAGUUUAUUCGUUGUUGAAAGUUUUGAGGCUCUAUGCACUAUGUAGACAGUUAUGUUUGGUUAAAAAGGAACUGGCUGGAGAGAAGAAAGUUGUCACUACUUUGGCUAAAAAGGAUGAUGAAAAUUAUAAAAGAACACUUGCUCUCCUCAAACCUUACCUAACAUCAGCCGCUUACCACAAAACGUUGGAAUACUCGAAGGACAAAUUAAAACAUGCUAUGCUCUUCGAGUUAUUGCAUUGGCCUGUAAUGUUCGCAUUUUUGUUUAACAACAAUGUCUUGAAAUAUUGGCAUUUAGCAGGAAAACUAUUAGAUCAUAAAUGUCAAUAUUCACAAGUUCUUGUCUACUUUGCUUUUAGACUAGGAUUUACAUUCGUUUUUCGUCUCCCGUUCCGUUACUAUUCUGCGUACAGGUUGGAAAAAAGGCAUGGGUUUAAAACUAAAACCCGAUUUGUUUUCUUUAAACAAUAUUUCCUAUGUUAUGCCUUUUAUGUUCUAGCUCUAACUGGAUUGGCUUCUGGACUAACCUGGCUCCAGAAGCUUUCCAAAUCAAACUUCAGAGUAAAUGGUUUCGCAUUCUUGGUUGUUUUCAAAACUGUCUUAGUGUUUGCAGUUCCAUUGUUACUAAGGCUGAAACACAAAUUGAGUCCAUUAGCUGAUCCUGAGCUAAGGAGGGAAGUCGAUACAAUGGGUAAAAAACUGGGAUUGUCAUCAAAGAAUGUUCAUGUUGUAUCACAUAAUACGGCACAUACCGAUGGUGUCAGUUUAUCAUGGGGAUUUUGCAAGUUUAAGCAUGCUUAUCUCAAUGAAUCUUAUGUUACCCUCGGAAAACCAUCUGUUAUGGCAUUGGUUGCCCACACCUUUGGCCACUUCAAACAUCACCAUUUCCUUAAAUCAUUUCUUUUUGAUCUAACAAAGGUUACAUUCUUCCUAUUUUUGUAUGAUCACUUCAAAGGUGAUUCAGCAUUAUUCAAGAGCUUUAGUACUUAUUCUGUAUCAGCUCUGACACUCAGGCUCGAUACCUUCUACAUGGCAGUCUUAGCUCCAUUGAAUUAUCUAUUUCUUGUACUGAGAUCAGUUUAUUCACAUUUCCUUGAAUUUGAGGCUGAUCGAUAUGCUGUUAGAUUGGGACAUAGUGAUGAGCUGGUUAAUUUUUGGACUACCGUUUAUAGGGAAAAGAAGUGGUUUUUCAAUGUAGAUCCACUUUAUGGUCCCUUAUUUAGUGAAAGGCCAUCACUUUUUGAGAGGGUUUAUGCUGUUUACGAUUCUACUGUAGCUCCAAAGCCUGUUGGUAAUUAAAUUUUGUUCCUAUAUAUAUUUGGAUUGAGGGGAUAUUUGAUUAAAAGGAUAUUUGGAUUAUGAACUUAAAAGGUUUUAAAUUCGUCCCCUGUUACCUAACUAAUUUAAAUUUAAUUAUAAAACAUGAUUUUCCAAGAAUCACGCCUUGAACAAAAUUUAACACAGAGUUUCCAAACAAUAUUAAUCCUUUAAUAUUAUUAAUUUUUCA